CACCCACACUUUACACGUAGAUAAUGCAUUGUAAUAAGAAAAAGAAAAUAUUUCACUUGGAUUGAAUGCUUUCACAUUCACAAUAAGUAAUAAUAAAUAGAUAGUGAGAUAAAGAGAGAGAGCGCGAGAGGGAGAGAGUAAGAGACGGUCCCGGCAACCCAAAAAAAAAACAAUGGGCAAUGAAGGGAGUAAAUUACAGGGCUUAAUCAUUGACAAAAAUGCUGUAGAGGCCAAUGAUUUUUGGGCUUUAUACAAUGCGGAACAAGAAAGAAGCAAUACCAACGAAGAAGGCGUCCAAGGUGGCCAAUUAUUGUCUAUAUUUCAGGGCGAAAUCUUGGUUAAAGGACAGCUAUGGAGCUCCAGUGAUGGCCAACCCAUAGAGAGGGCAAUUAAGAACUUGAAGAUCUACCGCCAUCCAUAUAUACUGAAAUACGUAACAACGUGGGAGAAAUCGGGUCAAAAACAUCUUGCCACUGAACGUGUAAGACCCUUGAGUGAUGUGUUGCCCCAACAGAGUGAUAUUCAAUUGUGUCUGGGCCUAAGGACUAUUCUCUGUAGUUUGAUAUUUCUCAUAGAGAAGGCAUUGGCCAGGCACUUGAACAUUGGUCUACAAUCAAUAUACAUUACCGACAAUGGCAGUUGGAGACUAGCCGGCUUUGAAUACGUAUGGAAGGUUCAGGAAAUUAACAAACAAUUAUUAGAUUUGGCCAUUAACACAUUCCGCAAGGAUUUGGAAAUUAAAACAAAUAUUGAGAAUUUCGAGCAAUAUUCAUUUGCCUCGCUGUGCGAGCAAGUGCUGGACAAGUGUGGUGGACCAUUUGUUGAGGAGUUUCGUCAAUAUUGUGUAACACACUUGAAACAUCAAAACACACAACUGAGACCGAAAUUAUCGGCGGUUCUGUUGCAUCCGUAUUUUAAUCAUGAAUUUGUCUUAAUACAUUCCUUUCUGUUCGAACUGCCAUUGAAAUCCAUACAAGAACGUCAGGAAUUCUUUAAAACUUUGAUUGAACGUCUCUCGAGUUUUGAUGAGGAAAUGGUGGCCAAUCAAUUGGCCAGCGAUCUAUUAUCACGUAUGGUUCUGCUUGAUACCACCGCCCAGCACAGUGUCACACCGUUUGUUCUAAGAACUAAAACCACCACGAGCACCACCAAUAACACCACUACGAGCACCGCUUCUUCCACCAUAGACCAACAAACUGGUUUAUUUAGUCCUCAGACUUAUAUCAAAUAUUUAUUGCCUCAUAUACUAAAAAUGUUUCGUUUAAAAGAUGCCCAAAUACGUAUGAUCCUCUUGGAUUUCUUUAUGGAGUAUGUGCGUCUGCUUAGCGAUGAGCAGCUAAAGGUAGACAUAUUGCCACAUUUGCAAUUGGGCAUGUCGGACACAAACGAAGUGUUGGUAGCCAAAACUUUGCGCUGCAUGGCCGAUUUGAUACCCAUUUUGGGUUCCACCAUUGUCUUGGGAGGCGAACGUCGACGUUGCUUCUCGGAUGGCCGACCUCAUUUGAAUCCACAACUUUGGUCCGCGGAGCCGCGCUCAAUUACCCCUCUAAUGAAUGGUAAUGGCUCAAUGAUGGAUGCCGAGGAUAAUGAUUUCAUGGUAUCGGGCAGUCCUUUGCCACAUUUGGAGAAUGCAGCUCCAUUGGCUUUGCGGCUAAGUCCCGAUGGCGGCGAGGAUGAGAUCGAAAAACCGCUGGAGAUUAAUCAAGCCUCCAACAAUAGCCCCAGCAGAAGUAGUAGCAGCGCCAACUCAUUGACUCAACACGAUGAAACUUUGGUGAAUUUAACCGUUGGCGAUGAUGAAGAGGAGGCCUGGUCAGAUUGGGAUGCCACCGAUGAGUUGCAGCGUUUGAAUGUGAUGAAAGCCCAGGCGAUAACAGAGCUGGAGCCCAUUCCCGAUCUCCUAGAGACCAAUAGCAGUGCAUCGACACAGGCUACUCAGGAUUCAUAUCGAACCGCUUGCUCGAAUGUCACAAGUAAAUCAUCUGUUCCCACAACUCGCCAACCACUCAUCGAUGAUCUCAACUCAUUGGACAUACAAGUGCAACUAACCACUCCCACUGGAGUGACGGAUAAGCCAGAAUUUGAUUUCUUCAGGGACAUGGAGCCGGUCAUUGACAAUAGUCGUAGAUCCAACAGUGAAACGGAUAUCGUUCAAGUAGAUGCCAGCCGAUUUGCUCAUAGUUUGCCUGCCGACCACGAAGAUGAUGACAAUAGCCAAAGUGGCUGGGCUCAUGACCAGGACGAAGACGAUGAUGUCGUUUGGGGAACUUCUUAGUAUGUUUUUGUGUCUUCAUUUUUGUAAUAUUCCAAUUCGUUUAUAGCUGUAAGUUAAUUUCUUUGUCAUACAAAAUAAAAAAAUAAUAAUACCUGUAAAACUGGUCUAGUAAUAUAUACAACAAAAAUAAUUGUACAAUAAAGUCCAUAUAAUAAUUGUAUGUUAUGUA